AUGGCCAUGGAGCAGGGAAGAGUGACGGAAUUCGAAGGAAAGAGCCUCGACCAGAUACAAAUUGAGCCUGAAGGGAGAGCAGUAGAGAUCCUCUCACAAACGGACGGGCUAAAAGAAACUUCAAGCGGAGAACCUUCAACCAUUCAUCCAGAUGCACCCCAUGGUAGUGGCAGUGCCCCUUCUGAACGUCCGCUUCAGACCACAGCCGCUUCAGACCACAGCUGCCUCAGACCACAGCCGCUUAAGACCACAGUUUGCUUCAGACCACAGCCGCUUCAGACCACAGCUGCUUCAGACCACAGCCGCUUUAGACCACAGCUGUCUCAGACCUCAGCCGCUUCAGACCACAGCCGCUUUAGACCACAGCUGCCUCAGACCACAGUUGCUUCAGACCACAGCCGCUUCAGACCACAGCUGCUUCAGACCACAGCCGCUUUAGACCACAGCUGCCUCAGACCUCAGCCGCUUCAGACCACAGCUGCUUCAGACCACAGCUGCUUCAGACCACAGCCGCUUCAGACCACAGCUGCUUCAGACCACAGCUGCUUCAGACCACAGCUGCCUCAGACCACAGCUGCUUCAGACCAAAGCCGCUUUAGACCACAGCUGCUUCAGACCACAGCCGCUUUAGACCACAGUUGCUUCAGACCACAGCCGCUUCAGACCACAGCCGCUUUAGACCACAGCCGCUUCAGACCACAGCUGCUUCAGACCACAGCUGCUUCAGACCACAGCUGCUUCAGACCACAGCUGCCUCAGACCACAGCUGCUUCAGACCAAAGCCGCUUUAGACCACAGCUGCUUCAGACCACAGCCGCUUUAGACCACAACCUCAUCCGCUUUAGACCACAGCUGCUUCAGACCACAGCCGCUUCAGACCACAGCCGCUUCAGACCACAGCCGCUUCAGACCACAGCUGCUUCAGACCACAGUUGCUUCAGACCACAGCCGCUUCAGACCACAGCCGCUUUAGACCUCAGGCGCUUCAGACCACAGUUGCUUCAGACCACAGCUGCCUCAGACCACAGCCGCUUCAGACCACAGCCGUUUCAGACCACAGCUGCUUCAGACCACAGCCGCUUCAGACCACAGUUGCUUCAGACCACAGCUGCCUCAGACCACAGCCGCUUCAGACCACAGCCGCUUCAGACCACAGCUGCUUCAGACCACAGCCACUUCAGACCACAGCUGUUUCAGACCACAGCCGCUUCAGACCACAGCCGCUUUAGACCACAGCUGCUUCAGACCUCAUCCGCUUUACACCACAGCUGCUUCAGACCACAGCCGCUUCAGACCACAGCCGCUUCAGACCACAGCUGCUUCAGACUACAGCUGCUUCAGACCACAGCUGCUUCAGACCACAGCCGCUUCAGACCACAGCCGCUUCAGACCACAGCCGCUUCAGACCACGGCCGACCACAGGCGCUUCAGACCACAGCUGCUUCAGACCUCAUCCGCUUUACACCACAGCUGCUUCAGACCACAGCCGCUUCGGACCACAGCCGCUUCAGACCACAGCCGCUUCAGACCACAGCUGCUUCAGACCACAGCUGCUUCAGACCACAGCCGCUUCAGACCACAGCCGCUUCAGACCUCAGCCGCUUCAGACCACAGCUGCUUUAG